GGAGAAUUGCCCCCGUGUAUAAGACUACCCCCCCUUUCCCCCCAUCUUAUACACGGAAAAGUACGGUAAUUCCAAGCACAGCCAGAAACUGAAUGAAAGCACUGAGGAAGUAGUGGGCAUGGAAAAAGGAGUAGCAGAAAGUGGUGACUGAUAUAUCCACCUCAAAACACUGAAACCAAUAGUUAGGAAUCCUGAGUGGAGUGGUUUGGAGCCCAAGCCCCCUGCAAUUCAUUGGAUUGUGCUUGUUAUAGCGUAAACCCCAAUAUACAGGGAGGAAGCGUUGAGAUUUGUGUGGUUUGAGGGUAAAGUCACGCGGAUGAUGCGAAUGGGUUUUGUGAGAACUUUGAUGCUAGGGGUCAAUAUUCCCCCAUCUUUAUUUGCUUGCGCUCCUGGGAGGGAAAGCACAACUGUCAAACUUAGAUUUCUUACACAGAAAUGUAUUCGGUGUAGAAAGCCUUGUUUCAGCCCCCAUGCAAGUGAUAACGGGGUCCUAUUAUUCACCAAUUACUUCCGCCUCAUGAGAACUAGAAACCUGUCUUUUUUAAAAAACGAAAAAACCUCACAAUAUGAUUGCUGGGAAGGCAGAGAACGCCCAAGGCACUGGGAAGUGCUCAGAGCUAGUUGCUUCCCCAGGCAACUUUCCCUGCUUUCUGAUUCUGCCCUCCUCAGAAUGCGAAGAAGAGACUCAUUGUGUUAUAUGGAGACUCGGUGUUCUGAAAUGAAGAGCAGCCCUCUGGAGUUUCAGGCUCAGAGGCAGCAAUGCCGCCCAGGGGAAUAUCAGUUGCUCAGCAGAGAUAGUGAGUGAGACAGCUAUUGCCUCCCUGCUCUGCUCCUGGGCUUCCGGCUGGCUACUCUAUUAGACGAAAAACGCACACCUCCCGGUGUAGACACACCGCUGAUACAUAAUGACAAGUCAGAACAAUAAAGGCGAAGCUGGGAAAGUGCCCAAAAGAACGUUUGCUCCCCCAGUAGCUAAACCUCAUGAGCUCUUUGCAAAAGGGGAACCGCUAGAGCUCCAGGACAAACAGGAAGGUGCUGAAACUAAAGGCAUUCCUGCUCCUCUGCACCAUGCCCAUGCCCCACGUGACAGAAUUGCAGCCAAGCCCCUCAAAACAACGAAAGCUCAAGAUAAGAGGAAGAAAGGGAGCCCUCCUGCUAGGACUGUAAAGGAAGAAGACUGCAAGAAGGAUCCAGGCAUGGCCAGAAAUGAAGAAGGUGGCCUCACCGAUGCACAGUUCGAGGAGAUUGUCCAGAGUGCACUUCAGAAGCCUUUGCAGGAGUGUAUGUACUCUGCGAAGAGAACCAUUUCGGCAAAGCCUACUGAGAAACAAGAUCUGGGAAGGAAGACUUUGGGGGUCUCUCCAGUGCGGAGGACGUUGUCUUUGGAAAGAAAAGUGAGGUGAUUGUUUCAGAAUUGGAUCAGAAGCGGCAUCUGCUAAAAAAAAA